GUAGUCGAUAGUUGUGCGAGUGAUGUGGUGAUACUCAUGUGAAUGUGAGAGGCAGGCACUACGUGUAACAUGUAGCCGGUAAAAGGCUCCAUUGUUCACAUCGAGUGUGUAAUGACCGCUUCAUAGGGUAAAAUAAUGGACCAAACAAGAUGAGUUGCAGUUCUGCCAACACAAGACAAUGGCUAGCAGCUUCCAUAGCUUCAGUCGGUCUCUUCAUGACGGGCAUGUUCCUGGGAUGGCCGUCCCCCGUGGUGUCACAGCUGCGCGAGGGGCGGAGUCCCCUGAGCCUGACAGCCGCCGAGGUGUCCUGGGCCGUGUCCCUGCUGUACCUAGGCAGUCUGCUCAGCCCCCUGGCCGCCGGAACUCUCAUGGACCGCUGGGGACGACGGGGCGCUCUCAGAGCAACCGCUGUCGUAGCACUGGUCAGCUGGCUUCUGCUCGUCUGCAGCACCAGGGUGGAGGUCAUCUAUGUAGCCAGGGUCCUGGGCGGCAUGUGGGGCGGCCUCUCAUACGCCAUCACUCCCAUCUACCUCUGCGAGAUCGCCGACCCCAAGGUGCGGGGAGCGCUCAACACCAUGUUCACCCUCAUGUUCAACCUGGGUAUCAUGUUCGAGUACACCCUCGGCGCGUUCCUACCCUACAACGGUCUCAACAUAGCGUCCUGCUGCGUCCCCGUCGCCUUCGUCCUGUCACUGUCCUUAAUACCGGAGUCGCCGUACUUUUUCAUCAUGUGGAAGCGGACUAAAGACGCUGAAGAAGCUCUGCAGUGGCUCCGAUGUACGCAGGACGUUAAGAAAGAGCUGGAAACGAUAGAGUACUCAGUGCGGCAAGACUUGAAGAACAAAGGAAGAAUAUCGGACCUAGUACGCACCCCUGGGGCACGCCGAGCGCUCUUCAUGACAGAAAUGGUCGCGUUCUUACAACGUAACUCGGGCAGUAGUGUGAUGACGGCUUACAUAUCCACGAGUCUACCAAAGGGAGGCCCAAUCUCAGGAGACCAAUGUGCCAUAGUCAUGUGCGGACUUUACCUCAUCUUCGGCGUUUUGUCAACCUUCCUGGUGGACAGACUCGGCCGAAGACCGUUGUUAGCAGUGUCAUGUGUCGGUUGUAGCGUCGCAACUGGAUUCCUCACCGCGUGGUUCUACAUGUUGGAACAAGUUCGUGAAAACUUAGACAGUUACAACAUCGUUCCCUACGCCAGUUUCGGGAUCUACGCACUUUUCUACCCUCUCGGACUGGCGUGCAUCCCCAGCAUCAUCCAGGGAGAGCUGUUUCCCGCCAAUGUGAAAGGGAUCGCCUCCGGAUUGACCGCGAUCGUCGUCGCCUUCGUGUCAUUCGUCACCAACAAGUUGUACCAACCGUUGUCAGAGACUUGUGGAACGUACACCAACUACCUCUACUUCACCAUCAGUUCUGCUGGGGGAAUCUUCUUCGCGAUCUUCAUACUGAUCGAGACGAGAAACAAGACUCUGCAGGAAAUCAAUUUUGAACUGAACAAACUCAACGAGUUGUCAGUAGAUUAUGAAACUGAGUGAGAUAGGUGUAA